AUGCAUGUUAAGCCAGCUGUGAUUGCUUCCAACGGUAUCGGCCCUGCAGGUACGCAGAAGGGCACCCCUCGCGCUCAUAUCCGCUUCGGCCCGCCUAGGCUUGCCGCUCUUCGAUAUAUUAAAUUGAAAGCUACCGAACUCUCUGAGUCCAACCAGGUUCACUCUCAGUUGCAUGCCCUAUUCCUGGUCAUCUCCCAACAAACACGGCCUGCACAGAGACUCCAAAUUGGAAGCAUGUCAACGCCGCUUUACCAACAAUGUCACUACCAUCCCGUCCCCGGUGCUAUCGUGUUGGUCAGGCUGUCGCUACUUACAGCACCCCGCCUCGCCUCGAGCCGCAACGCUCAAAGGAGGAGACGGCAGUCGCAGCCACUGCAACGGGCUAUGCCACCCAUAAACAGUGUUCGCGCAACAAUGUACCGAAAGUUUGUUUCGACCUGCCGCGCCGCACGUAUCGCCUAUGCGCCAGUCUUCGCGUCGUGCCAAUCGAUCUCGCUUACAAUUACGUUGCCGUGCCGUAGCUACGUUUGCGGCUACCGAGAAUCUUCGGAUUGGAAAGAUGGCCGAGGGCGUCGACUGUCAUCGUGUUCUGCUGUUCCCGGACGCAUGGGCCGCUUGGUCCUAGUAUUGUCUCGCUUCUCGGGGCUCACCUCGAAGAUGCCGCCUCCCGUAUACGAGACUUGCACGGGCCUGCCAGAGCAGAUCAUCACAGCAUGA